AUCUAUGCACUCUGUUGAACACUUAAGCAAUUUGAACAUCUCAUACUUUGAUUUUCAACACAAGAAAAGAAGUGGUUCUUUAGUUGUCAAAUCCACAAUUUUUAAUACUUAGGAAUUUGGAGACCUAGGUACACCAUCAGCCUCUUCUUGGUGUGUUUUAUAACUGAAGUGAGUGUUUGGGGCAAUUGAAUUAUCUUCUGCCCAAGCCUGGUGCAUGUUUGGAAGGUGCUCAGUUCUCACUUGGUGCAAAAUUACUUCCUUUCAUUUUCCAUCGGAAGCAGCAAAAGCCAUGGACCAAACACUAAUGCUGGAAAUACUACUGCCCAAGUGUUCAUUCCUCAAACUCUUUCAGCUUCUGGUGCUGGCUGGUCUUUUUUGCUUCUGUUCAGGCAUCAGCCAGGUGACCAAGAGAGUGAAAGAUACAGCAGUACUAACCUGUGAUUACAAUAUCUCUGCCAAUGACCUGACAAGAGUUCGCAUUUAUUGGCAAAAGAAAUUAUAUAGUGAUGUGGUGCUGAGUGUCGUAUCUGGAGAAGCGAAAGUGUGGCCGAAGUACAAGAAUCGCACCAUACCUACCAUCACCAGUAACCCGUCCAUCGUGAUCCUGGCUCUUCAACUGUCGGACAGCGGUAUCUACGACUGCAUCAUUCAGAGACUUGAAAAAGGGGGUUACCAAAUGGUACAUUCAAAGUCGGUGAGAUUACUGGUCAGAGCUGACUUCCCUGUCCCAAGUAUAACUGAGCUUGGAAACCCAUCUACUAACAUCAAAAGAAUAACUUGUUCCACAUCUGGAGGUUUUCCAAAACCUUACCUCUCCUGGUUGGAAAAUGGAAAAGAAUUAAAUGCCAUCAACACAACAGUUUCCCAAGAUCCUGAAAGUGAGCUCUACACUAUUAUCAGCGAACUGGAUUUCAAUGUGACAAACAACCACAGCUUCACGUGCCUCAUCAAGUAUGGAAACUUAACAGUGGCACAGAUCUUCAACUGGCAAAAAUAUGAGCCAACUGUCCCUCCUUUUAUUCAUCAGUCCUCGACUUGGACCACCAAAAUAGUAUCUGGGUUUGUUCCCUGUGCUAUUGUUAUUUGCCUUCUCUCUGUGGGAAUCUUAAAAUGCCGACCUGACAGUAGUAAGUGCUAUCAUACUAUCAUCCUGGAAGCCCAAACUCUAUUAGUAUGGUUUAGCAUCUCUCUGAGAUUUUAGGCUGUUCUCAUUUUUAGAAAGUCUAUGGAAACUUUAGUGUCUCUUUGCCUUGGCUCAGCAAGUUCUGUUCAUUCACUAAACAGACAUUUCUUAGACACCUAUUAUGUGCCUGGCACUCUGGAAUUACAAAGAUAAGAAAUCACUGCCCUCAAGACACUAAAUUUUAAUUUAGUCCUUUUAUUCACCCCUAACUUUGUAAUAUUUUUUGGAGUCACCAAGGCUUGCUUAAUCAUGUGAAAAUGUUUCUGAUGCAAUGUGAUAUUCUAAUCUUCAAUUUGGAAUUUGAGAAGUCAUAAAUGACAGGAAUGGGGGUAAGAAUGCUUUUCUUGGAGGAGGGUUAGAUGCACUAAUGAAGCUGAGAAACUACAUGGCCGCAAGUGAUUUGAACAAUUCUCGAUUCUUCAGAAUACAUUUUUGGAUGAAAGAUCAGGAAUGGUUGAAGAAAGAAAUAUCCAGGAUAUUUUUCCCUAUGAGUUUAAAAGUUUGGCCUUACAUAUAUGCUACUAUCAAUCUCUAUGAAAUGAAGAUAAACUGUCAGUCCAGAGCUAAGGCCAUAGUCACUUUGGAGUACCUACUUUUCUUGGAGUAGAAAUCAUGUACACUGAGUAAAGAAAAUGGGAAAACCAACCUCUAGUGAUUUUGCCAACCUUUAGCACAAAAAAAGGUCAAAGGUCAAGGAAGUCACUAGAGACUCUUUGCUAUGAACAAUUCAACCCCUGGGUAGGAUGAAAAAGAUCUGGUGGCUUGAAAAUGUUUCUGAUACAGACUGACCAGCUUUAUACCUCUGGUAUAAAGAAUGUUCAGAUUUUCCAUUCUUAGUACUAUGGACAUUUGGGGCUGAAUAAUUAUUUGCUUUGAGGUGCUAUUCUGUGCAUUAUAGCAUAUUUGGAAGCAUCCCUAGCUCUACUCACUUUAUACCAAUAGCACUCCUUGUCCCAGUAGUGACAACCCAAAAUGCUUCCUGUUGAGAAGGGGAGUGGGGUGGAAAUCACCCCCUCCCCCCCGUUUAAGAACUGCUGCUGUCAUUCUAAGCCAAUCGGAAGGCUUGCUGAAAUAUAUGGACAUGAUUUAAAGGAAACUCACCUAUGUAGUAAAUUUUUAUUGUUUGUUUUUAUCUGCAAGGAUGUGCUGCAAGGACGUACUGCAAGAGGAGGAAAGAGGACAGCAUAGAAAUGGAAAGAAUCUCUCCUAUCUACUCAAGACCUGUAAAAGCAUCAGAAUGAACAGAACAUCUGGAGGUAGCUCCCUUUAGCCCUUCUCUACCAA